AUGGUUCCCGUCCUCGUCGGCGCAUUCUUCAUCGACGGCCUGAUCGGGCUUUGGCUGGGGUUUGCGGUCUUCGCGGCGGCGGCCCUCAGCGAUUUUUCUGGACGGCUGGCUGGCGCGGAGGCUCGAUCAGCACUCGCUGCUGGGGCGGAUCCUCGAUCCCAUCGCCGACAAGCUCCUGGUCGCUGCGGCGCUGGUCAUGCUGGCCAGCGACGACAGGGCGCCGGUGAUCGCCGUGGUGGCGAUCCUCGGCCGCGAAUUCCUGAUCUUCGGGGCUCAGGGAGGCUCUGGCCGGCACCGUGGCGCUCCCGGUCCAGCCCCUCGCCAAGUGGAAGACUGCCGCCCAGAUGGGCGCCAUCGCCCUGCUGCUGCUCGCCCCCGCUAUCGCAUCGUCGCUGCCUGGAGCCGCCGCGGACGGACUCGCCACCGCCGGCGAGGGGCUGCUAUGGCUUCGCGGUGGUGCUGACCUGGGGCAGCGCAAUCGGCUAUGUUCGGGACGCCGUGCGUGGCCUUCGCGCUGCACGGUCGCGUGAGGAGGAAUAG